AUGCGCAUCAUAGCAUCCGGGGUGCGCUGGCCGCAGGGCGCUAUGUAUCGCAGCUCUGCGGCACCUCAGGGUUAUUGCCAAGCGCCAGGGACUCCGCAGUUCCUUCUUGUGUCGCGUGGGGAUCCUCCUCCUCGUCUUCACCACACCCUGGACAUUUGA